CUCAGGACGCCGCCCAGGCCGGACCCCCGUCUCGUCUCGGCCGUCGCCGUCCUCGCGAACCUCGCCGCAGAGACCCGCACGCAGGGGAGCCACCACAGCCCCUCGGCGAGUGUUCCGUGACCGCGCGUGUGUGUGUGUGUGUGCCAAAGUGUUUGUUCGAUUGGAUACUCCGCCAGCGUACGCCAGCGAGAUGCAGCAAGUCCAGAGCGCCCCGCCGCCCCACCUCAUGGACCUGAGGCUGCACCCGCACCACCAGCCGCCCCCGCAGCAGCAGGAGAAGCUGACACCGACCUCCAGCCGCAUCCUGUACGACAUCCCCUGCAAGGUGUGCCGGGACCACUCGUCGGGGAAACACUACGGCAUCUUCGCUUGCGACGGCUGCGCCGGCUUCUUCAAGCGGUCGAUCCGGCGGAACAGGCAGUACGUGUGCAAGGCCAAGUCCGAGGGCAGCUGCGUGGUGGACAAGACCCACCGCAACCAGUGCCGCGCCUGCAGGCUGAGGAAGUGCGUCGAGGCGGGCAUGAACAGGGAUGCCGUGCAGCACGAGCGAGGCCCGCGCAACUCGACGCUGCGCCGGCAGAUGGCGCUGUACCUCAAGGACGCCAUGCCCCACCACGGCAUGCCCAUGCUGCCCCUGGGGCCGCCGAUGUCCCCCGAGCCGUCGAGUCGCAGCCCGCCGCCGCCUCCGCCAGCCGUGCCCUCGCUGCCCCUGCCCGAGACGGUCUGCGAGGCGGCGGCCCGUCUGCUGUUCCUGAACGUGCAGUGGGCGCGCGGCGUGCCCGCCUUCACGGGGCUCAGCCUCCGCGACCAGCUCCUCCUGCUGCAGGAGUCCUGGAGCGAGCUGCUCGUCCUCGCCGCCGCGCAGUUCGCGCUGCCGCUCGGCCAGGACGCGCUCCGCGGCCACGAGGACUACCGCCUCGUCCUGCAGGACACCCUGGCCAAGUUCGCCGCGCUGGCCGUCGACGCGCACGAGUACUCGUGCCUGCGCGCCAUCGUCCUCUUCAAAACAGCCGUGGAACGCGGACCCUUGGUGGACGUCCCCGCCGUGGCCGCGCUGCAGGACCAGGCCCAGCUCAUGCUCAGCAAGUACACGUCGGCCGCCCGGCCCGACCAGCCCUGCCGCUUCGGCAAGCUGCUCCUCCUGCUGCCCGAGCUCCGGAAGGUCCCCGCCAACGCCAUCGAGGACCUGUUCUUCCGUAGGACCAUCGGCAGCAUCCCCAUCCAGGGCAUCAUUUGCAACAUGUACUCCAACAGCGAGCCCUGACGCCCUGGCCCUGAGCGCGCCGCUGAGGACGCUCAUCGCCCCCAGGAGUGCCAACUACACUCUCAGUUGCAUGCCAAAGAAUGUCUCCUUUUCCAGGUGGCGUUUAAGCGCCCGCCAUCCAUUUCAUGACUUGAUUUUGCGGGGACUUUUCGCUGAAGAAUGUUGUUAUCGAUUUUCUUGGCCGCUUCGUGGAACCGCAGGCCUUGGAUUGUAAAAUGUAAUGAUUUUCCUCGUCCCCGCUAAAUUCACAGUGCGGUGUUUUUAAAGAAAGUGUUUAUGCUACUGACUGUUAUAUUUGUGUACUCGUUGUCUGUGAUUUUAAAAAAUACGUAUUUAGCGCUCUUAUCAGAAUGCUAGGAUGGAUCGAAAGCCGAGUGAAGCUGCUGCGUGUAUAUUUUUGUUAAUGUUUAUGACUGACAAUAUCGCGCGUCUCUGGCCUGCACGCAAGUUUCAUGUCUUUUAGAAGUGAUUUAAAGACUUUCUCCGUCUUGCAAUGACGCCAUUUCUCGUCAGUUAUAUUUUUAUUAAAUAUGAUAAACAUAUUUUUGAGCCAAUGUAUUCUUAUUAUAGUAUAUCUUUCGCCUAGUAGGCUGAAACAAAUUUAUAUCGUUUUAUACUAUUAAAUUUAAGAUUUAACAUGUG